GCCAAAUAACCGACUCAAAGACACAACUCUAAACCCUAACGAUUAGCUGCACUUCCAGGUGAGAUUGAACUUCUAAUCCUCCUUUUGUUGCUCAUGGAAUCUUCUCAAGGGAGGUGGCCACCACUCCGCCCUCAUGGCGGCAGCGGAGCCGCUGUCGAGGAAGAAGACGCCUUUCUAGGGUUUGUGGCGCACGCUAGGUCGAUUCUCUUCCCGGACGACAACCUGCUGGAAGACCGGGGAUGCGCAGAGGACUCUCGCGUGCCGUCAUGGAGCUGGGUUGUCUCCCGUAUCCUCAAAACCUGCAUCGCAUACCCUAGCGGAGUCACCCCCGGAAUUCUUCUAUCCGAGAUCUUCCUGGCUUGGUGCGAGCAGCGGAGGUUUUUGACCUCAAAAAAGAAUAUGGAAUGGAUGGCUCCAUUGAAGAGGCGGCGCAGGAGAACAAGGCUUCCGAACACAGUCACCAUCGAUUCAAUUUUUGAGAAGAAUUUUCUCUCUCCAACCAGCUGCAUUGAAGCGUAUUUUGUUAUUGUGCUUUCGUUUCUUCUCCCAGGCACAGACAUAUAUAUGCUUACUUUGGGGGAUCUAUGGAGCUCUUGCACCAUUGAUCUAUAUCUACAUCGCAGAUACUACCAUCUAGUUGAAUCGGAUGGUGGGAUUUUGAAGAGAGGACGGGAGAUCCUCCUUACAGGAUGCAGUCUAAGGUUGGCCAUGGAAGGAUCUGGUCAUCAUCGUCUUUUGCCGACGGAGUAUUUGGUGAUAUUGUUAGAUGAGGAUCAAGAUGAAGAUGCCAUGUUAUUGGGUGCGCGGUUUUGCACAGAUUCUUUCUCCAGCAUCACGCAUGAUGCAGUUAAAAAUGCUGCUGCAUUUUAUUUUUAUGCAAGGAUCGAGUCUAUUGGCUCAUUGGAAGCUCACGGCGCUCUUGGAAGCUUACAGAGAAAGCAGAUUAUCUUGAUUGAUAAUGAAGGUGCAAAGAUAAAGUUUCUAUUAUGGGGCGAACAAGUUAUCCUAGCCAAUCUUUUCAGUAUUGGUGGAAUGCUUGCAUUGGACGCGCCUUUCAUUGCAAGUGCUCUCGAUGACGGAGGGACGAGUGAAGAACUCUGCCUGGAAUAUGGUAGCGUGACACAAUUAUAUUUGGUUCCAUAUAUCCAACACGAGGAACAGGUACAUUUAACUUCCACACAAAUGAGGUUUCAAGGUUCAAAUUCCUGCACCCAAAAUCAGAGUCAAAGCAAAGCUUCCCAGGUAGUGUUGCCACUAAAUCCUCAAGGUUCGAUUGACUUCAGCGGUUAUCCAUUCCGAGCAUAUGUGAGCGAUCUUAGUGAUAAAAUGACUGGAAUCAGCCUUUACGGAUCUGUUACAGAUAUCAAAAGAGAGGUAGAAUGUGCAGACACUGUGAUUUCCAUGACUAUCGAAGAUGCGACAGGAGCAAUUGUAGCAAAGCUGCACUUUGUCGGAUCAUGGUCUCUUGGAAGAGUUAGCAUAGGUCACACAGUUUAUAUCACCGGCUUGAAAUGCUUAACCAAGAGGCCAAAAAGGUUGAUAACUUAUAUUUUAAUUUUAAAAAUUUCCCACGCUAGUUCUACUCUAUUUUACAUGUUUAUGCUUUCUUAG